AAAAAGGAACGCUCAUUUCCGGUUGCAAAACCAUAACCGUGGAGAUCAGGCGAGCUGUUGCACGCAGUAAUGAGAUUAGAGACUGAGUCGCAUACCAGGCAUUCAUCGAAGUUUCACUACGACGCGACGCUGUGGUCCCGGAGACCAUCGAUCGAAACUAAGCGCUGCCUCGGCUCCAUUACGCUCUGCCAAAUGACCAUGUUCUAACGAUGCCGGCCGAUAACAUGUUCCCUGGUCUCGCCUUACCAGGCCAGAAACCUGACCAGGUGUUAAUCACCCCGUCUUCCACGGACAAACUGUUACUCCCUGUAGCCAACAUCACUACAACAUCUGCAACCAGUGCGGUAUCCUCUGCAGCCCUCCGAAAAGUUCCACUGCUGUCACCGGAGUGGGCAGAUAAAGCUGCCGUUGAGCUUAACGAGAAGCCAGAAACCGUCCAAACAAACAUCAGCUCCCUCAGAAGCAUGGUACUAGCUGAGACGCAUCUCCACGUGCGGACAGACGACGCCUUCCUUCUGAGAUUCCUUCGAGCUCGGAAGUUCAACUGCGCCGAAGCGUUCCGCAUGUUACAGCGGUACUACAUCAUGAAACUCCGGUGUCCUGAGCUGUUCAAAACUCCGCGCCCGUCGGAGAAGCAGCACAUCCUGGAGAUGCAAGCUCAGAACAUGCUGGAAGACCGGGACAGCAACGGUCGCAGAGUGUACAUAUUUCGAGUAGAGAAGUGCGAUGCCGCGAAUGUGAGCAUUGAGGACAUUUUCCGCACAAAUCUCUUGGCACUGGAGCACAUCGUCCAGGAACCGGAGACACAGAUAGCAGGUCUCGCCGUCAUUGUGGACAUGAACGGCUUCGGUUUCCAGCACGCCAAGUUCCUCUCGCCGUACUAUGCCCGUCGCACCGUCGACGUCAUACAGGAGACAUUUCCGCUGAGGUUCAAAGGAUUCCACGUGAUAAAUCAGCCGUUCUACUUUGACGCUGUGUUCGCUGUGCUGAAACCCUUCCUCAAGGAAAAGAUACGAAGACGGAUCUACUUGCACGGUAGAGACUUAAUCUCUCUGCACGCGUUCAUCAGCCCAGAAAUCCUGCCGGCAGAAUAUGGAGGCAGGAAGCCUAGUUUCGACAACAAGGGAUGGAGAUUGUCGCUUCUGGCGAACGAGGACAAGUUUGUUGAACUGGAGACUUAUGGAUAUAAAGUCGAAGAUUUAUCAGAAUAGGAAGUACAAUGACUCUUUACUGUGGAUUCUAUACCCAAGACUUGUGGAAGUCACUUCCAUUCUUUUACAGAACCAUUUGCAGUGAGACAGCGCGUUUAAGAUGUUGAAAGAGAGGGUUACUGACAUUGUUUCCUGAUCGAUUCAAUGUAUUCUUGUUCCACCUUAAACGCUUUUCAUUUUUUUACCUGGAUUUCGAAACAGACGCUUUAAAAGUCAGUAAAUUUAGCUUAAGUUUAGUUUCAUUAAGUUUCUCACUUGGCUGUGGUAAAUAUUACAAAAUAUAGAUACACAUAUUUACGUCUUUAAAAU